CAAAACCUCCCCAAACCCCCAGAAAGUCCCAUCCAUUGGCCAUCCCCUCACCUCCACCUCACAUCGCCGCCGCUUCCAAGCUCCACUCUCAAGGUCUCCUCGUCGUCCUUCUCCACACCACCAUACCGUUGCUAUCGAAGGUCUCCUCCUCAUGCUUCUUCACACCAUUGUAACACGUGUUUUCUCCUUUUCUCUUCAUCAGUCUAAUUAUUAGAUUAAAAAAUAUAUAAUUAGAUUAAUAUUUUUUAAAAAUAUUUUGGAAAAAAUCCUAUAGAAUUUGCUAUCUCGCUCCUGGGCUCCGUCCUUUUCUUCGCGCUUUCGUUGGUGUAUUCCGUUCCACUCCAUUUUCUUACUACUACCACCCCUAGCACCAGUGUUACUACUCGGAGAGGUCCUCUCGCCGAGGAGUCAUUUCUCACAGAGCUCGAAAACCGUUAUCGUCCCGGCGGGGCCGCGGGUGCUGCGGCGGUACGGACGCGGCUGAGGAGAGGACGGGGCGCGGCUUUACUUCUUCCGCUGCUUUGAGCUACUCGUAGCUGCUCCUCCUGUGCCCCUGCUACAUUUCUGCUCCUCUUUUUAAAGAAGUUAAAGAGGCCGUCUUUAUUGCGGCCACUCCCUUCCCCUGCGCCCGCCUGAGUGCUUGCUCGCCUCGCCUCCCUCUCGCCUCACAUCGCGUCCCUUUGGUCUUUAUUCCCCUGCCGAUCCCCAGAGCAGGAGCGAAUCCACCCGUUCCACCGUCCGCUCGAUCGAUCGCUCGCAUCCAAUUUAAGGCUGCAGCUUCCUUUCCUGCUGGGGUCAGGGUUGCAGGGGUUGGUUUGGUUGGGUUUCUUGUGUCGUCUUAAAGGGAGAGAAGUUCCCUUUCCUUGCGCGGCUUGGGAAGUGACGCGAGGGGUUUAACGCCCGCUAGCUUCUUGUGCUACGUGCCAUGUCGCGGUCGCGCACGGUGCGGAUCUUCUGGGACGACCCCGACGUGACGGACUCGUCCGGCGAGGAGGGGUGUGGCUCCCGGAAGGUCGGAAGGAUGGUGCGGGAGUUACCGCCCGUGGCAGCCGCUGCUCCUCCUGCGCUGGAGCAGUGCAACGCCGGGGACGGCGACCACGCGACGAGGGUUGUUGCUGGUCCUGGCGGAUGUAGCGGUGCGCGGAGGAGGCUGGCCAAGGGUGGCUCGGGCGCGCCGAGCACCAAGUUCCGCGGCGUCAGGAGGCGGCCGUGGGGCAAGUACGCGGCGGAGAUCCGCGACCCGUGGCGCGGCGUGCGCGUCUGGCUCGGCACCUUCGACACCGCCGAGGAGGCCGCGCGCGUGUACGACAACGCGGCCAUCCAGCUCCGCGGGGCCAACGCCACUACCAACUUCUCACCCUCCGCUACCAACUCCGGGGGCGGCAUGGAGCCGGUGACCGCCGGUUACGAGUCCGGCGCGGAGUCCUCGCCGGCGGUGUCGUCCCCGACGUCGGUGCUGCGCAAGGUUCCCUCCCUUUCCUCCCUCGCGGAGGACAAGGACGACUCCGAUGCAGCCCCGGGCGACCCGGCCGCCGAGUGCAGCCUCGCCGUCCUGGAGGAGCUCGGCGAGUUCGUGCCGUUCGAGGACGCGCCGGUCUAUGCCAGCAGCAGCUUCUGGGACUUUGAACCCGAGGCGGGCUUCCUCUACGCCGAGCCGUCGUCUCCCGAGGCACAGUGGGACGCUGCCGGUGCCGCGCCCAGCUGGGCUGCACCGGUGCAGGAGAACGACUACUUCCAGGACCUGCGCGACCUCUUCCCGCUCAACCCGCUUCCCGCGAUUUUCUAAACUGGAACACCGGAACGGUUUCUUCGUCUACGGAACUGUUUUUUGGAUGUCGAGUGCUGUGUCGUGUUUUUGGUUUGUAGUUGUACGCCUCCGUGCCGUGGUUUUGUCGAGUCGAUGAGAAAUGUAAUAUGCCGAGUACGUACGUAGAGUUUUGAGGUGCUAGCACGAGUCUAGUACUACGUGAAGUGUUUUUGUACCGUCUGAUUUGUUCUGCCUUUAUAUAUAUGCAGUAUGCUACUGUUCUUCUCCUGCUCC